UUAUAUAUCACCUUCUCCCUGCUCUAGGUUUUCAGAUUUCUCCGAGCGGCGCAGCAGCAGUUGAACGAACACGAGUGAAGCUUCACGAUGGCGAGAAUCAAGGUUCACGAGCUGAGGGACAAGUCGAAGAUCGAUCUUCAGAACCAGCUUCAGGAACUUAAGGCUGAGCUCGCUCUCCUCCGUGUCGCUAAAGUCACCGGUGGUGCUCCCAACAAGCUCUCCAAAAUCAAGGUUGUCCGCAAAUCCAUCGCUCAGGUGUUGACCGUGACAUCCCAGAAGCAGAAGUCUGCUCUCAGAGAGGCGUACAAGAACAAGAAGUUCAUUCCUCUUGAUCUCCGUCCCAAGAAGACCCGUGCUAUCCGCAGACGCCUCACCAAACAUCAGCUCUCAUUGGAGACAGAGCGUGAGAAGAAGAAGGAAAUGUACUUUCCAAUCAGGAAGUACGCCAUCAAAGUUUAAGUUACCUGUCCUUUAAAAAAAAAAAAUCUAGCUACUAGAAACUCUGUUUCAGCUUUGUUCUGUUUGAUGGAAACUUGUUUCUGUUCUCCACUUGUUCUAUUGUGUCAAACAAUUUCAGCAACAUGGAUUUUGUUUCUUAUUUUAUGUUUUGAAUUUUAUCUUUCCAAGUUA